CUGAGCCAGCAUGGCGGCGCCCUUGUGACUCAGUCCGUGUCCAAAGACUGUGGCAUCGAGGGUCGCUGGUCUCGCGAGUUAAAAGGCACCAUGCUGAGGACGGCGUGGAGGGCGCUGAGCUUCAUUCGCGCCCCUGCGCCGACUCCGGCUCCAGUGCUGAGGCUGCCUGGCGGGGGAUGCGGCGGACUUCCCUCCCACCUGCAGGGCCUUCCCUCUCCAACUGGAGGUCUCAUCCUCCAGGUUGCCCGCGGAUGUGCCACCCAGAAACCAGUAAAAUUCAGUGAAGAAGACAUUCCCCUUUCCACACUGAUCAAAGACUACCAGAACAUCCCUGCAGUUGAGAAGGUUGAUGAUGUUGUAAGAAGACUCUUGUCUUUGGAAAUGGCCAGCAAGAAGGAGAAGCUAAAAAUCCAGAAAGACUUGUUGAUGAACAAGAUCGUGGCAAACCCUGAGGACACCAGGUCCCUGGAGGCUCGAAUUAUUGCCUUGACUGUCAAGAUCCAAAGUUAUGAAGAACACAUGCAGAAACAUCGAAAGGACAAAGCUCAUAAGCGCUAUCUGCUGAUGACUAUUGACCAGAGGAAAAAGUUGCUCAAAAAUCUCCGUAAAACCAAUUAUGAUGUCUUUGACAAGACGUGCAAGGAGCUGGGGAUUGAGUACACCAUACCCCCUCUGUACUGUCGAAAGCCCCACCGCCGCUCGUUGGCCAAGAAGACUCUGUGCAUUCAGGUUUACCAGGAGGCUCAGAAGUUGAAGAAGCAAAAAGCCUUAAAAGCUGCAAAAGCAGCAGCAGCAGCAGCAGACCAGACGAACCCAGAAAGCCCUUCUAAAACAGAACCAGAAAUGAUCAAAGAAAACCAAUAAAUGCCCAUGUACAGUGGGGGAGCAAUCACAGAAGCCAGACCUUCUACCUUCUGCACCCCAUAGUGACCCUGGGUCCAUACUCCCACAGGGUUAAAUAAUAGAAAAGCUAUCGGGAGGGGACGGGAUACGGAGCUCUGGUGGUGGGAAUUGUGACCCUCUUAUCCUAUGGUUCUAUCAGUGUUUCCACUUUAUAAAUAAAUUAGUUAAAGAAAGCAAGCAAGCCAAUAAAUUCUGUUAAAGUGAACCAGGAGGCAGCUUACCCAGUAAAGCAUGUACUUUACCAUGUGCAAGAGCCUGGUGCUGAGCUCUGGCACAGUAGCAGCACUAUCACACCAGAGGGAGCUCCGUGUUGAUACAGAUAUGUCUCCUUCUUUGUCUCUCUCUGCCUAUUUGAAAUAAAAAGAAUGGGAAAAAUCA